CACGAAAAUAUAUUAAUCUUUCAUACCCACACACAUAUAAAUAGUGAGAGAUCAUCAGGUUCACAAGUGUACAUAACAAUGGCGGUGGAAAGCCGAAAUAGCUCCGCCGUCAACGGCGUUGAUAUCUACCACCUGCCGGAAGGUUGCAUAGCGAACAUUCUAUCAUUAACGUGUCCGAGGGAUGCAAGUCGGCUAUCGCUUGUGGCUUCAAUUUUCCGGUCCGCUGCUGAAUCGGAUGCCGUUUGGGACCGGUUUUUGCCGCCGGAUUAUCGCGAUAUUAUUUCCCGGUCUAGUGAUGGACCGGAUUCGAUUAUGUUCGGUUCGAAGAAAGAGCUUUAUCUUUACCUCUGUGAUUAUCCUUUUCUGAUUGAAGGUGGCACUAAGAGCUUCUCAUUGGAGAAGCGCAGUGGAAAGAAAUGUUACAUGUUAGCUGCAAAGUCACUUGCAAUUGUUUGGGCUGACACACCUAGGUAUUGGAGAUGGAUCUCCCUUCUCGAGUCCAGGUUCUCAGAGGUCGCUGAGCUUCUUGAAGUCUGCUGGUUUGACAUUACCGGCAAGAUAAACACCUCUAUGUUAUCCCCUGACACCAAAUAUGCAGCAUACUUUGUGUUCACAACGAAAUCCAGGACCUAUGGAUUUGAUCACCAAAGUGCAGAGGGUGCAGUAGGGAUUUCGGGACAUGAAAGGAAAUCCCUUACAGUUUUUCUGGAUCCAGAGGCAGCACGGAGGCAUAUGUACCAAAUUGUUCCUAGGCGGCUGGGACUAUUGAACCAGAUGGCAAAUAUCCUAAGGCGGGAAGUGAAUCGACCUUCAGAAAACGAAGCACAAGCACAAGCACGAUACCCGCAACAGAGAAGUGAUGGAUGGAUAGAAGUUGAGUUGGGAGAAUUCUUUGUCAAGAGAGGACAAGAAGUUGAACUGGAGAUGAGCUUGACAGAGAUCAAGGAAGGUAACUGGAAAAGUGGCUUAGUUGUUGAAGGGAUUGAAAUCAGGCCUAAGGAAGGCUAAUGAUUUUAUAUUGGAAGUUCAUUUGGUGUCUGUGCUAAGCCACUUUCCAAGUGAGUGCAAGAAAAAGAGGGACUAGAAGCUACGAGGCCUAAAACCGUUGUCCUACAUGUGGCUGGGAAGAUCAAGUUGGUGCGAAAAGCUAGUACGUGUAUAGUGUCUUAAGCAUUUUAUAUUUUCUUGUGAUUUGUCAUGUGUCCCCUGUCGUUUUUUUUCCAUUAGUUAUUUUUCUUAAAUAAUUUGUGUAACUCACAUGCUGCUUAAUACUCUUUGUGGGCUCGUAUAUUGUGCAUGUUCAUUUGUAGAAAAAAAAAUUGAAUUAAAAGGUAACUGAGGCAGAGCCAAGAUUUGCCUAUCUCUUGGAUAAAUCAUUUGAUAGGGGAGAGUUCAAUUGGAUCACAGUAAAUAAAAUCAUCGUUUGAGA